AUGAAGCUGGAGCGUUGUCCCUACACCCCGAGGGGUGAUUUGGGCGGCCUCGGGGACCGGCCGGGCACCCCUGCCCUCCCGGGGGGCCUCCGCACCCAGCGCCCGCCCAUGUCCGCAGCCACCGCGCUUCCCGCUUGGGCGCUCGAAGCAACCGAGGCUGAACAUGCCCAAACCAGCUGGCUGGCCUCGUCGCUUGUUAUACUUCCUCUACCAGAGAACGUGAAAGAAUAUUUGCUGGAUGAUGGAACGCUUGUGGUUUCUGGAAGAGAAGAUCCGCCAAGUCAUGCUCAGGAGGGGAGUGACGAUGCAGAGGAAAUACAGUGGUCAGAUGAUGAGAAUACUACAACGCUUAAGGCACCAGAAUUUCCUGAGUUCACAGCUAAAGUCCAAGAAGCAAUAAGUUCUUUGGGUGGUAGUGUUUUUCCGAAACUUAACUGGAGUGCUCCAAGGGAUGCCUACUGGAUAGCAAUGAACAGCUCUCUGAAAUGUAAAGCUCUCAGUGACGUCUUCCUCCUCUUCAAGAGUUCCGACUUCAUUACUCGUGACCUCACUCAGCCGUUUAUUCACUGUACUGAUGAUUCCCCUGAUCCUUCCUUGGACUACGAGCUUGUUCUUCGCAAAUGGUGUGAACUAAUCCCUGGUGCAGAAUUCAGAUGCUUUGUCAAGGAAAACAAGCUUAUAGGUAUAUCACAGAGGGACUACACGCAGUACUAUGAUCACAUCUCUAAGCAACAUGAGGAGAUCUGUAGAUCAAUACAGGAGUUUUUCAAGAAACACAUACAAUAUAAAUUCUUGGAUGAAGACUUUGUUUUUGAUGUGUACAGAGACAGCAGGGGUAAGAUUUGGUUAAUAGAUUUUAACCCGUUUGGUGAAGUAACAGACUCCCUGUUGUUUACGUGGGAAGAACUGACCUCCGGGAAAAACUUGAAAGGAGACCAGGGUGAAGGGGAAGCGACAGAACAGGACUAUCCAGUUUUCCGAUGUACGAACAGUAAAGUUACUGUCCAGCCUAGUCCAUACCUGAGUUACCGACUGCCGAAAGAUUUUGUGGACCUUUCUACAGGAGAGGAUGUUCAUAAAUUAAUUGACUUUCUUAAACUGGAGAGAAAUCAGCAAGACGAUGACUGA